AUGGCGACUGCGAAUAUCUAUGAGAGUCGUCAAGGAGAGUAUCGAGCAGGCACCAUCUCCAUGACUGUUCUGGGUGUGGUUUUUGUCAUUCUGCGGUUUUUGGCUCGUUGGAAGAAAGGCCUGCGGAUUGGUGCUGAUGACUAUGUGAUACUGCUUUCGUUGUACUUCCUGUUCGCGACUUGUGGAAUCAAUCUGGCGAUGAUUCACUUUGGCAUGGGCCGACACGCCGAUGUAUUGCCAGAAGGAAACAUCGUGAUAAUUGCCAAGGUACGAUCAAAGCGAAAACCAGACACCAAUUCAGACCCGCAGAUUGACAUUUACCAGCUUCUGAUGUCUUUCGAAUGCGUAUACUGCAUGACAGUGGGAAUCAUUAAGAUCUCCAUCUUGCUCAUGUAUGCUCGUAUCUUCCCUACAAGAGGCUUUCGCAUCGCCGCAAUCAUCCUGGGCAGCAUCGUCAUCGGAUGGGUUGUCGCAAUCAUCUGCGUGAGCGUAUUUCAGUGUACCCCGCUCGCAAAGGCCUGGAACCCUACCCUGUCGGGUACUUGCAUCAACCUCAAGGGCUCGUUCAUCGGAAACGCAGUGCCGAAUAUCCUAACCGACAUCGCUAUCUUGGCUCUGCCAGUGCACGUUGUCUGGGGGCUUCAUGCGACUGUAACGCAUCGGCUAUCGGUAAUUGCGGUAUUUCUGCUGGGCAGUUUCGUCGUCUUCACCAGCGCCUACCGCUUCUCCACACUCUUCGAAUUCCAACCCAUCGACACCCCCUGGACCCUCGCCAAGGCUUGCACCUGGUGUCUCAUUGAGUGCUCCAGCGGCAUCAUCUCGGCCUGCAUGCCCACCCUGCGUCCCUUGUUCGUCAUGCUUUCCUCGAAAUUCGCGAGCUCGAUCAGCACAAGCACACGAACGACUGGCGUACGUGGUUCCGGCCUGAAGAGUUAUGACGUGAGUAAUUCGGCCUUGCGUCCACCGGGCGAAGUCAUGGGCAAACAGAUUGUGCAGUUGGAGUGCAACGCGACAUGA